AUGGCUUUCGCGAACGCCCCUCCGCCUGUGCUGCUUGCUGGCGCGGCCGCCGACGCACCUGGCCAGGUCUGGGAGCGGGAACAGCGGCGUAGGACUGAGCUGAGCGCGGGUGGCGUCGCGAUGGAGGAUCGUGACACUGACGAGGACAUUGUUCCCGUCGAGGUCCAGCGUGCCCCGUCAGCACAGGUAGUCGCGCCGCAGGCCGCCCCGAGACCCCCGACCGACCCAGCGCAGCUUGGACUGGCGCAGUAUAUCAUCGGGGCUCUCAACCAGUCGAUGGGGGCGAAGCUGGACGGAUUGCAGACCCGCGUCGACGCACUGCAGCGUACCUCGGAGGCCAGCAGCCGGGACAUCUCCGCGGUGCAGGCCAAUCUGAGGGCGCAGGAGGCCAGGUUGGACGCUCUCGGGGCGGGCCGAUCUUCGGCCGUGAGCUCGGUCGGACCGAGAGCGGGCUUAGGGUCAGCCUCCCAUGUGAGCGGCCAGCCUGAUCCGUGGGGGGCUUACCUGGAUCAGCAGCGCGCGGGCGGGAUGCCUCCGCCGACAGCGCGGCCGCGAGGCGGGAAGAACAGCAAGCACGUGGUGUUCGUCGCUGGCUUCCCUGGCACUUGGGACAAGGAUGAGGUGGAGAAGCACUUGCGCACGGAGCUCGCCAAGACGGUUUCCCUGGAGGCGCAGGGGAUCACCGAGAUCUACGGAGUUGGGCGGUUCUGCGAUCAGGCCAAAGUGGUCUUUGCAAACAAUCAGAAGAUGUGGGGUUUCAUGAAGCGCUGGAAGGGCCAGAAGAUCCCCUGCCCAGGGGUUCGCAACGACAAGCUGUGGCACAAGGUCGACCAGGACCCUCAUGAGGUGGAGCUCUCCCGUCGGGUCAGCUGUGCGGUGCGGAUCCUGCGCGAGUUCGGCAUCCAGACGGGGCUGUGCACGGAGGAGUCGAAGCAGCGGACCUUCGAUGGAGACUGGGACCGCGGACAGGUGGUGUUUCGCAAGAACAGCACGGAGCGGCCAGUUCGUCUGCUACAUCGCUCGAGGACGUCAGACCUGCUUGAGGUCAGCACCGACGCCUUGGCAGCGGCCGCCUUGGACCAGGAGCUCAAGGAUCUGAAACUGCAUGAGCGCCUGAGCGAGCGCUACGUUAAGGACAUCAGGGACCUCACAGUUCUUGGGUGGAAUGCGACAGGUGUCCUUGCGAAGCGGCGUCGUGCCGUGCUCGAGUCGCUGACCGAUGAAUUCGAUGCGAGUUUGAUCCUUUUUCAAGAAUGGUGUGUAGCAGGUGGAGCUCAGCAGACCUAUGACGGCUAUGUUGUGCACGUGUCGCCUCCAUCGGGGGCUUGGCAGAGGUGUGCGAUAGCGGUGGCCAACUCCUUGGCGCCCUCCGUCAUUGGCGAGCCGCAGUUCCACGGGCGCACCAUGGCCCUGGACUUGCAGUUGUCUAUCUGGGGCCGCGUGCGGGCUAUCACCAGCCACUUGUUUUCGCAUAUUGUUCGAUGUGAGUAUGCUGAGACCGUCCAGCAGUUACGAGAAUGUUUGACCACCAUGCCGAUUGAUUGCCACGCCAUUGUCAGCAUCGAUGCCCAGGACGGCCUAGGGGUACCUGACGGAGACACUGUGGGCCCUUUCUCUACUUCCGAGAUGGCCUGGCGAGGGGAGAUGCUUCACGACUUAAUGGCCGAGUUCGAUCUGAUUGCUGCCAACACCUAUUCCCGUGGACAGUGGGGUCAGGCCGUUUGCUUCUUUGACGAUCGCAAGGGGCCCAGGCAGAUCGACUUCAUGUUGAUCCACCGCGAUUGGCUAUCGCGGACGCACUGCCAGGCCCGCUUCACCGACGCCUCAUCGAGCGACCACCUGCCGCUCCUCCUGCGCUGCCACGCUGGCCACGGCGCCCCCGCGAUCGCUGGCCACACCGAGCCGACGCCGCUGGAGACCAUCGAACGCCCACCACGGAAACCCGUGGGUUGGCAGGUCGAAGAUGCCGAGCUGUUCAACUCCACCAUCUGCACGCCCCUGCAGAUCAGCUACACUCCUCCAGAGACUGCGAUGUACACUGAGGGGGACAUGACUAAUGCUAUGGGGAUCUUCACGGAUGGCUCUGCUCGGCGAGGACGAGACCGACAGCGGCGUCAUCGGUGCCACGCGGCUGGCUGGGGGUUCGCACUCUAUCACGUAGCCGAGCCGAACGACCAGGACACCAGUCUUCUGGAGGCCUGUGGUCAGGUCAUCACUGAUGUGCAGGACCCUCGGUAUGUGGGCGCGACGUGCCUAUCGGCGAACACGGGCGAGUUGACAGCCAUCGUAGAGGCGCUGCUCUGGCUACUCGCACAGCGUCUACUCGCUCAGCCACUCGUGCGGGACGCCACCCGCAUCCUCGUCAGCACUGACCCCACGUACGUUCGCAAUUUGUUGCAGGGUGUCUUCCAGCCGAAGGAGAACUUCGAGCUAGCGACCUUGGCCACCCACCUGUGGCAGCGCUGCCAUACCUUUUUUGACAUGAUCAUCAGAUGGGUGAAGAGCCACAACGGGAACACGGGCAACGAGCAGGCUGACUAUCUCGCCAAGUUGGGCAGUGACCAGCGCCACCACAUCGACAGCCACUGGAGACGGCCAUACCCUGCGCCUGACUGGGACGCUGCCGCCUUCGAGGCCACCUGCGCUGCCCACCAGACAGCCUGCCGAGCGGCGCGGAAGCGGCGCCAGGCCGACAUCCUCAGCGAGGACGCGGGCGCCGCGCUGGGUCUUCAUCUGGCAGCGCCUACGGCGACAGCCUCCAGCACGCGCCAGGGUAUCGCCUCGCUGCGCCUGCUGUCCGCCUCCAUCUGCGCGGCCGCCGCGAAGGCUGGCCACGUUCCGCGCCGAGGCCGGUGGCGGCCCCCGCCAGGCGACGCUCAGCUGCUCCAGCUGCAGGCUUUGGAGCGCGCGCGGGCCGCGGAGGAGGACCCGCGAGUCAGACAUCUCAUGGGGCCCGCGGUCUGCAAGAUGAAGCGGGCUAUGAGAGAUCGUUGCACUACUGAGCAUCAGUCCCGUCUGUGCGAUCGCGGUCGAGCUGAGAAGGCCUACAAGACGGGGCGCCCAGUCUAUUGCUUAGACAAGAUAGAUGGCGGCCAGGCGACCACCAGCGCCGAGCGACUGCAGGAGGCCCAUGCUUUCUACACUCAGCUGUUCCAGGACGCGACCAGUGACGGACAGUUGCCAGACUGGAUCCACCAGCAGUGGUCAGCCGAGGAGCAGCAACAGUCCGUGCCCUUGAGCCUCCCGCUCCUCCGAAUGUGCAUCGGUCGCCUGAAGAGCUGCAAGUCCUGUGACGAGACCGACAUGAUUGUGGGCGAAAUGCUUCAGGGGCUGGAGGCGGAUGUCCUAGAGCACUUGCUGCAGGCCUUCAGACUGCGGCUCCGGAAUCACGUCUCGGAAUAUUUCGACACGGCCUGGAGCGAUCACGUGGUGCAGCUCAUCCGAAAAGUGCCAGAUGCCCGCAAGAUUAGUCAGUUUCGCCCGAUAGCCCUGAUUUCUGUGUUGCAGAAGAUUUUGAGCAUGAUGGGUCCCCCGGGCACUGGCAAGACCACGACCGCCGUGCAGAUCGUCUCGGCCCUCGUGCAGUACGGGCUGGUGGAGCUGCCGAUGCUGGUGACCGCGGACAGCAACACCGCCGUCGACAACCUGGUCAAGGGCAUCGGCAAACGCGGCCUGAACGUCGUGCGCGUGGGCCGACCUGAGAGCAUCCGCGAGGACGUGAAACAGUAUGCGCUCGACGGCCGCUGGAAAGAGCUGAAGAAGGCAGAGGUGGUCUGCGCCACGUGCAUCGGUGCCUCCGGCACGACCCUGGACAAGGUCCGGUUCAGCACGGUCCUCAUCGACGAGUGUACGCAGGCUGCGGAGUCUGCUGCCUUGGUGCCGCUUGCCCGAGGCUGCCAGCAGGCCAUCCUCAUCGGGGACCAGUGCCAGCUGCCCCCCACGGUGCUCUCCGACCUCGCCGAGAACGAGAACCUCGGGGAGUCGAUGUUCACACGCCCCUCCGCCAGUGGGAGCGUCGCGGGGGGAUCGCCCGAGGCCCUAGUGCACAUGUCCGUCCACCUCCUGGAAGCUCGAUGCCCCAUGAGGCAAUGGAAAUGGCCGGUUUCGAGUGCCAGGUGGAGGGCCCAAAACAUCCAUAUCCACCUGCCUUUCUGUCGAGGGAGGAAAACCCAACCCAACCCUGACAAUUGGCGUUUACUAAUCGGCCCUGGGCGUUUACUCAACAGCCUUGCCAUGUUCGAUUCCUUUCCUGGGUGCGUUUACUAA